AUGGCCACUGGAGUGAACAGAAAAAUUUCAGCUGCAUCAGCACGGGCUCACACCAGGAGGGCAAAGAAAUCCAAUGCCCCACAGCUACCUUCAGGAAUUCUUGGAACAGCAUUAGCAGUGUUGUUUAUUGGGUUUCUAGCAUGGGCUUAUAAGGUUAUUCAACCUCCCCCUCACAAGAUAUGUGGCACUCCUGAUGGACCGCCUAUAACAGCUCCAAGAAUUAAAUUAAGAGAUGGAAGGCAUUUGGCAUACAAAGAGUAUGGUGUUCCAAAAGAUGCAGCCAUGUAUAAAAUCAUCUUUGUUCAUGGUUUUGAUUCUUGCAGGCAUGAUGCCGUGCUUGCUGAAGCCCUAUCGCCUGAUAUUGUUGAGGAGAUGGGGGUCUACAUUGUCUCCUUUGACAGACCUGGUUAUGGGGAAAGUGAUCCUGAUCCAAAUCGUACACCAAAAAGCAUUGCAUUAGAUAUAGAAGAACUUGCAGAUCAGCUGGUGUUGGGUUCCAAAUUCUAUGUAGUGGGUUUCUCCAUGGGUGGACAGGUUAUUUGGAACUGCCUUAAAUACAUACCUCACAGGUUGGCAGGUGCUGGACUAGGUGCCCCAGCUGUCAACUACUGGUGGCCUGGUCUUCCUGAAAACUUAACUACUGAAGCCUAUGGCCAACAGAAGUUACAAGACCAAUGGGCUCUUCGUGUUGCUCACUACGCACCAUGGCUAACUUACUGGUGGAACACUCAACAAUGGUUCCCUCGAGCAAGUGUAAUUGUUGGAAGUCUAGAUAUCCUUUCUCAUGAAGACAAAGAACUUCUGCCUAAGCUGUCCCGUAGAAAAAGUUAUGCGGUAAAUAUCCAGCCUUUAGUUGGUCAUUUUCUUGUUGAAGCACUACACAAUGACAUCAUCCGAUAUACAGUUUAUGGAACCCCCUCAGGAAGGACGUUUACUAUGUUCUUGUUGAGGCAAGACAAGUUGUUACUUUGGUUGAUUAGGCCAUUGAAUUUGGCACAGAUAAGACAGCAAGGUGAGUAUGAAACCAUCCACCGUGACCUAAAUAUUGGAUUCGGUAACUGGGAAUACAGUCCCCUUGAUCUUGAAAAUCCAUUUCCAAAUAAUGAAGCUUCUGUCCAUAUUUGGCAAGGAGAUGAUGAUCUACUGGUUCCAGUUACUCUGCAACGAUACAUAGCUCAAAAGCUUCCAUGGAUUCUCUAUCACGAGCUUCCUGGUUCAGGUCACUUGUUUCCUCAUGCUGAUGGUAUGAGUGACACUAUCGUUAAGUCACUUUUGCUUGCGAAGUAG